CAGUAGGCAGCCAUUUAUGCUGCGGCGCCCUGGGAGCAAUUAGGGGUUCGGUGACUAGUGGGACUAUGCUGGACAUUAGCAAAACCAUCUGCCGCAACAUCUGGUGACUGUCCAGUUCUGACAAUGUCAGUAAUUUGCUUUUGAAUGAGCAAAGAAAAGACAUCGUUCUUCUCAACUGCGCCAUCUAUUGGUUAAUAAAGGCCAGUGUAUUGAUUUAUUUCCUUAUUUUGUCAGACUGUGAAUAAAUAGCUUUCACAUAAUUGAAGGCAAGUAUUAAAAAACAGAGAAACUGGCUAAAAAAGGACUAAAUUUGCUUGCAAACAGGACCCCACCACCCCCUGAAUGGGGAUUGCUGUAUUUACAGUAUCAAGGUAAAGCUUGUUGGUGAGCUGUUUUUACUGCUAUAUCAAUAUCAAUAUAUUUAUGUAUGUAUGUAUUUAAUUAAAAACUUUGGCAGUAAUUGUCAUUCACAGUUUCCAUUCACCUGUUUGUACUGUUUUGUUAUCUAACAUUUGUUGUUUGUUGAAAUUACCUAAGCUGUGGUUAAGAUGAUUUUCGCAUUUGUGACAUCACAGAUAGGGCCUUUUAAGCUCAGCUGUUUUGCUGACAGGUCUUUUUUUUUUGUUAUUCUGUUGUGAUACAAGACCUUUGACUUCACAAGCACUCCGUUUUGCAGGCUGGAUCUUUGUGCAGGUUUCUAGAUUCCUGCGGCUCACAUCAUUAAAAUGUUGUGGCUUCUGUCAAUGGUUUUGGCUCUCAUCGCAGUGGUGGACACCUGUCCGUUACCCUGCAAAUGUGAAGAUCAUGACAUCGUAAUUUGUUCGGACCAGAGACUUCUGGAGCUCCCUCAUCUGCCUCAAAAUACCAAGCAAUUAUAUGCUAAACACAAUAUGAUUCAAGCUCUCCCAGAUGAAGGAUUGGAAGGAUUGUCGAUUCUCGAUCUCACCAAGAAUGUCUUCAAAUUGUCACUCAAUACCACCUGGCAGAACAUUAGCAAUCUUACGAAGCUAUUUCUGAGUGGAAAUAGACUGAGCACAUUAAAACCAAGACAGUUUCAGGGGCUGCUGAACCUCAAAAUAUUAGACCUCAGUGACAACUACAUUGAAACACUUCCUCCGAAGUUCCUUUAUGGUCUGACCAAGCUUCAGAUCCUUAAUCUGAAUAUGAACAAGAUAUUAAGUUUAUCCUAUGGCGUCCUGGAUGGAGCUCCCGCCCUUAAGGACCUCCAACUCAGAAAUAACAUGAUCGAGAUAGUCGAGGUAGGUGUGUUUGAGAACUGCACUAAUCUACAACAGAUUUAUCUGUCAAUUAACAACCUAAAAAGUGUAGUUAAUGGGAGUUUUAAGGGUGCCAAAGGGCUAACUCACCUUGAUCUGAGUCGAAAUGGAAUAGUUGCCGUACCUACCGGUGUCCUUCAGGACACUCAGAACCUCACUAGCCUUUAUCUUCAAAAAAAUAACAUAAUUUCAAUCCCUGAGGACAUUUUCUCUGAGAUCCCCAUGCUGAAGCAUUUGGAUUUGAGUCAUAAUGCUCUUGUUUCCAUGUCCAACGGUUCGCUCAGAGGUCUUUCCCAGCUGGGCGCACUAGACCUGAGUUUCAAUCAGUUGCGGAUGCUAACAUCACAUGUGUUUCAGGAAUUGGGAAAGCUUGAGAGCCUUAAUUUGUAUCACAACAAUCUGAUGUUGCUUCCAAAAGGCUUGUUCAAUAACUUAAAGAGGGUAACAGAACUUCAGCUGGACAACAAUAAUAUUUCUGUAAUUCCACCGGACCUCUUUCACCCACUUUCUUCUUUGCAAGAUCUACAACUGGACAACAAUCACAUUUCGGAGCUCCAUUCACAGACAUUUAUGAAGCUGAGGAAUCUUAAGCAUCUCGAUGUUUCCAACAAUGACCUUGUGAAGAUUCCCACGCACCUCUUCAAAAGGACACACCAUCUGAGAGAUCUUAACAUGGAGAACAAUCGUAUCAGUUCCAUUCCAAAACUGUCCUUGAAACACUUAGUCAAGCUACAGACUCUGAAACUCGGCAACAACAAACUGUCAAGACCCUCUGCAGAUCUACUGACUGGUCUUAGUCUUUUACGGGAGUUAUUACUCAAUGAAAACCAGAUAGAAACCAUCCCUAUUGGAUUUUUCACAGGUCUUACAAAACUGAAGUUUCUGGAUUUGUCCAACAAUAAAUUGCAUUCCAUCUCUUCUGAUGCCUUCAAAGAUCUGUCGGCAUUGAAAGAGCUGGAUCUGAGAUUCAAUGCUCUGGAUAAACUUCCAGAGGACAUCUUCACAUCUUUGAGAAAUCUCAAAAGGCUCUAUCUGGAAAACAACCAGCUCACACACUUGCCCACCAAAGUGUUUUCUGCUCUAUCCAGAUUGGAAGAGCUCCAUUUGGACAGAAACCAGAUCCAGCACAUUCAUCCAACACAGUUCGAAGGCUUAGUGAUGUUACGCGAACUUGACAUUACAUUUAAUCAACUGCGCUAUAUGGACAAAGGGACUCUGAUGCCUUUAGCAAAUCUAAGGGUUAUCCAUCUUAAUGAGAAUCCAUGGGAUUGCUCUUGUGUGUCCAUUCUCUAUAUAAGUCAAUGGUUUAACAAUAAUACUCGCUUAGUAAAAACUACACCCAUGUGCUCUUCUGGUAAACAUCUUUCCUAUCCAGCUCUUUCCCCAUAUUCAUUAUCACAGCAUUGUGCAAAUUCUGUAUGUGUCUCCUUUAACACAGAGAAAUCAGUGGUUUUCAUUGCUUUCACUCUAGGUUAUCUUUUACUUUGAGAUCUGGCUAUCUGUGCUGUGCUUAGCUGUGUGGUUAAAGUGUUCAGACAUGAAACCAUCACUUCUUGUCUGCAAAUGAUUUAUACUUUUGACCUCUGAAAUGCAUGCAUGUGUUGGCAUCAGAGGAGCUAUAUACAUGAUAUUACAUAAAACAAUGAAAUAUGAUUUAUCUGAGAUUUAAUGUUUUCUGUCAAAUAAACUGCUAUGCCAAAUACUUUUAG